CGAAUUCACGGUCGAUUGGGAGGAGCUGGAAUUGAAGAUCACGAGGAAGACGAAGAUGCUUCUUAUGAACACACCAUUCAACCCAGUGGGAAAGGUGUAUACAAAGGCGGAGAUGAAGAAGAUUGCCGACAUCUGUAUUCGCCACAAUCUCAUUUGCUUAUCUGACGAAGUCUACGAGUUCCUCGUGUUUCCACCUCACAAGCACUACAAGAUUGCCUCUUUCCCUGGCAUGUGGGAGCGCACGAUAACCAUCGGCAGUGCCGGCAAGGUGUUCGGUGUGACGGGUUGGAAGAUCGGGUGGACGAUUGGACCGGCGCCAUUCAUCAAUGCGAUGCAGUUGAUUCAGCAGAACACCACCUACGCGUUUUGCACGCCUCUGCAGGAGGCCCUCGCCCAGACCAUUGAGGAGAUCCUUCCCGACAUGAACACCAAGGACUGCUUAUUCCGUAAACUGUCUGUUGUGCUGGCAGAGAAGCGAGACCGCAUUGCGAACGCACUGGCGUCAGUCGGAAUGUGGCCAGUCGUCCCACAGGGCGGCUUCUUCAUGCUUGCCAACAUCUCCAAUGGACCGAAGAGAGAGAAGGACGACAAGCGGCCCUACGACGUCAUAUUCAACGAAUGGAUGAUGAAGAACAAGGGCAUUGCUGGCGCCCCACUUUCAGCCUUCUUUAACGAUGCGAAUAGCUCCUUCGGAGAUGACUACCUUCGUUUGUGUAUCGUCAAAGACGACUCCACCAUUGAGAGGGUGUUGGAGUGCUUCAAGAAGUGGUGA